AUCAAUCGACCGCACACCUGCUAGGAGACCCCGCCGUUCCCCGAUCGCCACUGCCGGGUGACCUGAUCUUGCCAACGUCGUCAUAUUCAUCAACUGUUCCUUUGUCAAUUUUGUUCCAGCAAGCAACAUCUCACCUCCUCCCAUGUAGGCCUCGAGCCUUUGACUGGCAUCCGAGGGCAAACCCGCGAACUGCUUACCACGGCAGCAUACUCACAUACAACACGUCUCAUCCACUGAGACACUCACGCGCAAAAGUCAUUGACUUAUAGCUUCGAAACACAUCAAACAACCCAUCUUAUUUCAACCAUGUCGAACGGCAACUCUUCCGACAACGUCUUCGUCCGAUUCAAACAGAAAGUCGACGACCACGUUGCCUUGGCCUUCCAGCGAUUCCUAGGCAUUCCCUCGGCCGUAUCACGCCUCAACAGCUCAUGGCCGGAACCGCCUCUGUCAUCCCGUGACAAAGAGCUUGAGAGCAGAAAAGCUCUCACCGACGACAACACCAGCUUGCAGCCCCGUGAUUCAUCCACGCAGUACUCGCGCCCUACUGUCUUUGACCUCUUCGGUCCCAUGUCGUCCAUCUCAGCCCUCUUCAAGGCGGAAGAGGUUACCGAGUCUCUGUACCAGCUCAUGUGCUUCUCGUUCAUCAUCGACUCGCCAUAUUCGCCGUUACGACUCCACGAACUGCCGCAGCCUGUACCCCGGGACCUUCCCAAUGGCGAGGACCCGACCCUGUUCGGAUUCGAGGAUGCGUUUGAGGAUCUGCUCAUGGUGAGCAGCGGUCAGGGUCUCUCUGAUAUUCACGAACGCGUCCGCUUCAGGAAGGAGGUCCGCGAUUCGUUCCCUCACGGACUGCCUCCGAUGCUGUGGCUUCACCAGCUCACUCGUCAAGGUCUGUGGGAUGGAUGGGAACCAAGGCCAGAGGUGUUGGACAGGGCCGUGAGUGAGCGUUGGCAGCGGUGGUUGGAAGAGCAAAACGACCCUUUCAACGAACGAAGGUCCCGAUCUUCCCGGACUGACUCGGCUUCAGAGGAGAGGCGGGUGCCUGUUACAGAAGAGAGUACGGCACGGGAAUCUCCGGUUACUCCGGAACAGGAACACAGGGAAACGGAGGAAGAUUCAUAUUUUUCAGUCAUGGGGUCAGCUCGUCUGAACACCUCACGGGAGACGUCAACGUCAACGUCACCCACCCCCAGAAACUACUCUUCGACGAAGGACCUCACACCACAAGGUCUGCCUCAAGGAUGGCGCGUCGUCGAAAAGGUGCAGGAACACGAGGACGGCAAGGGAAACGUACACAUCACCAAGACCGUCACGACCUAUAAUGACAGAGGUGAGGAGGUUGGUAAGCAGACGGAGAGACAGUCCAACUACUCUUGGUCGGCGAGCUUCUCAACCGGCGGGCACAAGAACAGGGACCGUGACCAGCAAGAGAAUGACGGAGUCGACGACAAGGGCAGCUGGUUCUGGAAAUGAAGCAGUACAUUUUCGAAUUUGUGAGCUUUCAUAUUAUGGCUUAAGGAGUUUCAUCGGGCUGUUUUUGGGGUUGGGAAAUGAAUGAAAUUGGGAAGAAAAUACCGAACCACGGGUUUUGUUUGUGUAAAGAAAGGUUGGGCGAAAAUUCAACAUCAUCUAAAGUCAAAUUAAACGGGCACAUAUUGAAGGAAAUCUGCCACAAACAUCCCUCUUCUGAUGUGAGAAGACUCAUCACCUGGCUUGGGUCGCUUUCCAGCUUAAGAAGUUGGUCCUUUCGAAGUACAUGGUCGAGGGCACUAGAUUUUUACCCGGGAAGAUAUGAUAUCUCGGUUUUACUAGUUAGAGGGUUAAUAUAAACAACAUCCAUAAAAUUACACGAAACAACACGGAUACAAUGCAAU